UCCUGGUCUUGAACAUGGUCCGAUGUGCAGUGUGCAAUGCGGGCGAACGCGACAGCUACCACUACUAUCAAUGUGCCCGAUGAUCGCGCGCCUUGUCUUAUAAGUAUGUGACGUCCACCACAUCUCCCAAAGAUUGAGCGACGACGAUAUCGUCAAUUCCCCUCAUAUUGGUACAAACUCAUACAAGUACGCAAACUCAGGAUGAGCGACGCCGAGUUGAAGAAGAGCCAUAGUGGCAAGAGUCAUCCCGACUUUCGCAAACCAUCCGUGACGACUGUUCUCCCUCAAGGAGAUGUUCCUGAUCUCGAGGGUCUGACUGCUGAUGAAGCUGCAUUGGUAGCGCUUGGUUAUAAACAAGAGUUCAAGAGAGAAUUCUCCCUAUGGACGACAUUUUGCGUCUCCUUUGCCGUUCUAGGACUUCUGCCUUCCUUCGCUUCCACCUUGUACUAUGGAAUGGGAUAUGCGGGAACUGGUGGCAUGGUAUGGGGUUGGUUGAUUUCUUGGAUCUUUAUCCAAUGUGUCGCCAUGGGAAUGGCAGAACUGUGCUCUAGUAUGCCAACUAGUGGUGGAUUGUAUUACGCUUCGGCAGUCCUUGCACCUCCUGGAUAUGGUCCAUUGGCAGCAUGGAUAACUGGGUGGUCGAAUUGGUGCACCCAAGUUACAGGAGCUCCAUCUGUGGACUAUGCCCUCUCAGCCAUGAUCCUCGCCGCGGCCUCGAUCACACAUCCCGACUACGUCCCAACAGACUACCAGACUUUCCUUCUCACUGUGUUCAUCAUGAUCAUCCACGCUUGUAUAUCAAGUAUGCCAACACUCUGGAUCGCCAGAUUCAAUUCAUAUGGCUCCACAUUGAAUAUGAUCGCCUUGGUCGUUGUGAUUAUCAUGAUUCCAGCGUCAGUUACUGGAACAGAUACCACGCCAAAGUUCUUCCCUUCCAAGCAGGUUUGGUCCAUUCAAAAUGGUACCGAGUGGCCUGACGGAAUUGCCGUUCUCAUGAGCUUCAUUGCCAUUAUCUGGACUAUGUCAGGAUACGAUGCUCCUUUCCAUCUCAGCGAAGAAUGUAGUAAUGCUGCCGUUGCAUCUCCUCGUGCGAUUGUGAUGACUGCUGGUAUCGGAGGUAUCAUGGGCUGGGCUCUUCAGCUGGUGGUCGCAUACACAGUCAUCGACAUCACAGCCGUGAUCGGAUCGGACCUCGGACAACCAUGGGCUUCAUACCUCAUUCAAGUCAUGCCCCAGAAGAUUGCUCUCGCAGUCCUUGGACUUACAAUCGUGUGUGCGUUCUCAAUGGGUCAAGGUUGUAUGGUUGCCGCAUCCAGAGUCACGUUCGCAUAUGCUCGUGAUGGCUGUUUCCCUGGAUCCUGGUGGAUCAAGAGAGUUAACAAGAUCACUUACACGCCAGUGAAUGCUGUGUGGUUCAACACAACAAUUGGCUGCUGUUUGUUGUUGUUGAUCUUCGGCGGCCCUGUAGCAAUCGGAGCCAUCUUCUCGGUUGGAGCUAUUGCCGCAUAUGUUGCCUUCACUAUCCCCAUCUUUAUCAAGACGUUCUUCGUCGGCAAUCGAUUCCGUCGUGGCCCAUGGCAUUUGGGCAAAUUCAGCAAGCCGGUCGGAAUGAUGGCUUGUUCGUUCAUCAUUGUGAUGAUGCCGAUUCUAUGCUUCCCAUCUGUGAGAGGAGCCGAUCUUACUGCCCAGUUGAUGAACUGGACUGUUGUCGUGUAUGGUGGACCGAUGACGCUGGUGACUAUCUGGUGGUUUGCAUCAGCACACAAAUGGUUCAAGGGUCCUGUCAUCAAUGUUGAACAUCAUAUGCUCGGAAGAGGGGACGCCGUUGUUGAUGAAGGCGAGACUCUGCCGACUACGGAAGUGAGGUAAAAGGAUGUACAAAUGUUGAUUAAAGGCGACUUGCUGGUACAGAGAUCUCUCGUUUGUGACAAACUCCAUGGUGAUAUUAAGAAGUUGGCUUGAGAACGAAGUAUGAGAGAGUACAGGAUCUGGGAUUUUUAAAAGGACGUCAGGACGACAUGGCCUGGUGUAUCCAUGCUCUUUAACAACAGUCACAAUCCUGCUUCCCC